ACCCACAUGGAAACACUUUAUAAAGAUGGCCUCCACUAGCAUUGACCGUUUUCACCACCUCUCAAGACACGGACAAGAUGUGGACAACUUGAGCUGGUCAGCAGAUCACAGAAUGGCAGUUACUACUCCAGAGAUGAUUAUAGUCUGUACGUUGCUGAGGUCACCGCCCACACCCUCCACACCCUCACACAAGCCACUCAUGAUGGUUUCCACUGCACACGCCCUCACACCUCACACAAAGGAGCUACCGAGACCAGUCACAGUCACACAACAUCUGGACCCAGCAUUUGCAACGCCCACUCUAUCAUAUGAUCCCUUCAAACGAUCUGAUUGGUCGCCAUUGGGUUGCAAUCAACACAGGGGGUGUGUGUUGUGUGGACUGACUGCUAGUGGUCGCCUGGCUCUGUACACUCCGCCAACCUCACAAUGGAAGCUCUGGAAACAUGUUCUAACAAUCUCUGACAUUCUAUUGGACGCUGAAAUAGCCGUGACCAUGACUCCUCACGACAAAGCUAUGUUCUCAUUCUGUACUGCAUUCUCAUGGCUUCCCUGUAUGCUGAGUGGGUGUGUUAUCAUUGCUAUGGCAACCCGAUCAGGUCAUUUGGUACUUGUGGAGAUGUCUUUACCUGUCACUGGGUCAAUAAGUGAUGGUGUGAAGGUGGUAUGGGCGGAGCUACUAACCGACUGUGGAGAGGGGAGGGAGUGGGCGUGUAGUCUAAAGUGGUGCCACACUCAAGACCCUUGUGUGAGCGUGGGCUGUACUGAUGGUCGGGUGAUGUGUCUGCAAUGGAUGGAUGCUGACUUCACCUCAGCCAAUGUCAAGAGCAUAUGGACCAAUGACACUGUGCCUGUGUAUCACAUGACCUACCUACCUCAACACAUUGUGUUUGCCAAGGGCAGUAUGCUAAUAGUGUGUCCACUGGAGGAGGGGAAUCCCCUCACAGUGUGUGGCGUGCACUCGUUACCAAUAUCGGGGCUGGUAGCGACCAAUCAGAAUGCAGUAUUGUCAUCAUCACUAGACGGGAGUGUCCAGAUGUGGAGGGUAGGUGAUACUAGGCCACACCCACUUAGGACGGGGAUCACUGGCCACACCCUUUUAGCCGCACAUGGUCUUGCAUUAUCACACAACGCACUACUCCUUGCUGUCACUAUCAAUGAGCGAUUCAAUCAAGAGAAGAAACAAGGUUGCUCUUUAUACUUCUUAAAUAUUGCCAAUGACACCGUGGUAACCAGGCCGUUGCCAACGGUAAUAUCACCAUGGGAUAUCGUUGAGAUCCUCCGCCAGAUGCCCACUCAUAGUGGCUAUCUAGAGCUGCUUCUAGAUCACGCCCACAAGAAUGACUCGAGAUUGUCUGCUUUGCUGACACUGCAAGAAGCCAUCAUCAACCAACAGUCAGGUGAUGAGCUGGUAGUAGCCAGACAGAGGGUGGUGUGUGCGCAUGCCCAGUGGUGUCUAGGAGAGGUAGAGGAGGGAGCUAUAGAUGCUGUCAGUACACUCAGUGCUGGUCUUAUGAUAUCAUGGCUCAAGGCAUACGGAGUCAACACACAACUAUAUUCUCGAGUGUACGAGGGCCCCACUACUAAUCAGGAGUGUCCAGUGUGUGAUGAUCAUGUGACCCUCCAUGGCAACCUCCUCACCUAUCACUGUCCCAGUGGACACUCGUGGGAUGUAUGUCCGCUGACUAUGGUGUUGGUGAGUGGGUGUAGUGAGUGUAGUGUGUGUGUGCAGUGUGGGGGUGUGGUCAACUCCCCCUCAUCUCUACACACCCAACCAGGCAGCUGGCUACACAAAGUGCUGACUCAACAGAACCAGUGUACAUACUGCGGUGGUUACUUCGAGGCCAUGUGCUGAACACUUCAUAAUUAUAUGUACAACUAAAGACACGUUUCUUACAAUACAUGUACAAUACUAUUGUAGCCGCGUACUUGUUUUCAUUUUGUUGUUUAAUUUGA